GGGAUUGAGCCCGCGGCCGCUAGAAUUGAGAGUGACAAAUGUGUGGGGAUUUAAACAGCCCGAAGUACCUGUUAUCCCCAAACAGUAAUGGUGUAAUUGUAAAGAUCCAGUAUUCUUCAGAAUGUUGGGAAAAUUGAAAAAGUUAGGAAGUGAGAGGGAGUGAAACAGAAAGGAAACUAGUAUCUCAUCGCUAGCAACUCAGUUCCAGCAUCCCUCCGAUCUCUUCUCUCCUCUGUCCUGUGACUCCUUGGUGUUCAUUCUGUUCCUGGCCUUAUCUCCAUAUUGGCCUGCUUUGCCUUACCCUCCGUCCUCCACUCACUGCCUUCCUAUCCCGCGUCACUCGUCACUCGCCACCCUCCCUUUCCUACCCCUCCAGUAGGUUCCUAGUCUGCACCAUCACCUCACAAAUUCCUUUUAUCUCCUGUUACUGCUGCCGUCCGUGUCCGUCGUGCUAUAAGCACCUCUGCCUACACUCACAUUUCACAGAACCUCUUCCCUCUUUCCCACACCUGACCCUGCAGCAGUUUCAUCGCCCCGCUUUUUGUGUUGUACUGCCUGCACCCCCAUCAGGAUGGACGAGGCUCUCGUGGAACAAUGUGCUCUGGACCUGUACAAGAUAGGGGCCAUAAAAUUUGGCUCCUUCACCCUCAAGAGUGGCAUGCAGUCUCCUUUUUACUUUGAUCUCCGUACAGUCGUCUCUCAUCCCAAGAUCAUGGAGACAGUUGCAAAGUUGUUGUGGGCAGUGCGGCCCAGCAGCAACUACGACCUGGUGUGUGGUGUGGCCUACACUGGUCUACCCAUUGCCACCAUCAUGUCCUUGAGGGAGGACAUUCCAAUGCUGAUCCGCCGCAAGGAGACCAAGGGCUACGGCACCAAGAAGCUGGUGGAGGGCAACUACAGCAAGGGCUGUAGUUGCCUCAUGGUGGAGGAUGUCAUUGUGUCCGGCAGCUCUGUGUAUGAGACAGUAGAGACUCUGCGUGAGCUGGGCCUUGAGGUGAAGGAUGCAGUGGUGUUCCUGGACCGUCAGCAGGGAGGAGCAGCUAACCUAAACGCCACCGGCAUCAAUGUGGUCUCUGUACUUGGUAUAAUAAAGCUGAUGUCCAUCCUCCACAAGCACGGCUGCAUCACCUCCGAGGUACUUGAGUCGGUCAAGGAGUUCAUUGGAACCCACAAUGAAACUUCUAUCGUAACCAAGGACAAGGUAUCCUACAAGAAUGGUGUGCUGGUAAAGGACCGCAAACACUGCACUUUUGAAUCACGCAUCGCCACCACAGACCACCCUCUGGCUCGCAAUCUGUUUGAACUGAUGUCAACAAAGAAGACCAACCUGUGUGUGGCAGCAGAUGUCAGCACCUCUCAGGAGCUGCUCACUUUGGCUGACAAGGUGGGGCCUCACAUAUGCCUGCUGAAGACUCACAUUGACAUCCUUCAAGACUUUAGUCAGAACACUAUUGACAAGCUGAAGGUCCUGGCAGAGAAAUACAAUUUCCUCCUCUUUGAAGACCGGAAAUUUGGUGAUAUUGGAAACACAGUUGCCCAGCAGUAUGGGGGUGGCAGCCACAAUGUUGUGGAGUGGGCACACCUGGUCACCGCUCACGGCCUGCCAGGGGACGGGAUCAUCAAAGGGCUCAUGUCAGCUGCCAAUGGUCGCACCAGAGGCUGUGUCCUUAUUGCACAGAUGAGUUCUGAAGGAACCCUCACCUCACAGGAGUAUGUACAAGGGUGUAUCAAAAUGGCAGAGAAUCACACCUACUUUGUUGUGGGCAUGGUGUCCCAGAGCAGUGUGAGCAGUGACCCACGCUUCAUCCUGUUCACCCCGGGUGUGCAGCUGAAGAAGGCUGGUGACGCUCUUGGUCAGCAGUAUGUGACGCCCAAAGCUGCCGUGCUGGAGCGAGGUGCUGACGUGAUCAUUGUGGGCAGAGGCAUCACUCAGGCUGAGGAUCCUGCUGCAGCCGCACUCAUGUACAAAGAAGAGGCAUAUGCUGCCUACUUGGAACGCAUUACACAGAAGUCAUAAAACUUCUGCAAUAGGCAGUUAAGUUGGUGUCAAAACAAAAAUCUGACCGAGUUGCAAUAGUAGUAUGUACAAAUUUGGGAUCACAGCUAGCUUUUUGGUGCAGUUUGUUGAACACUUUUAUUAAUCAAAUAUUCAUAGGAUACAUGUAAAGGUUGCUCUUUUGUUAUUGAUUUUAAAUAUUUGUAUGAUGAGUAUUGGCAGCAGAAUGCUGUAUGCCUCAUUUGUGGCUUAGUUUGGCAUGAGGCAGGAUGGUGUCGGGUGCUGACAUUAUGGUUGUGAGUUUACAUUAGGCUACUUAGUAAUGUUUAGUUUGACACAUACAAAGCUUACAUUCCUACAGCAAUCCAUCCUGCAACAAGAUUUAUGAUUCCUGAAAAUCCUUGCACUUCACAGUGUGCUUCCAGAUAAAUCUAUGCAUUACAAUGAAGAGCAGGAAUGCCAGCCUUCCACUCGUGUAGGAACACAGAGACCAUCCACUCCUGUAGAAUCUUGCACACAUUCAGGAAGCCUUUAAUUCCUGCCAAGCUUUAGGGUCACAAGUACACAGGAUUCGUGUUGUGAGGAGUCCUAACACAAAAAAAUUGUUCCUACAAUUGUUCAUGUAUUGUGUUCAUGUUAUGGUUAUUAUUGUGAUAUAUUGCAAAAGUUUUUUCUUUAAUGAGUUUUAAACAAGCGAGUCUUAUAUCAGGUGCAUCUUUCUGAUUAUCAUGACAGUGAUACUCAGGCGUAGUUAAUCUUCACACUUAUUAGGCCAGAAGGAAGAGAGUGAGUGCUACCCUGUACUUUGCUGGUGUUAUUUGUACAUUUGUAGUGUUGCCUCAGUGAGAUCUAUGACAUUCCAGAUGUUGUUUCAUCAUUACAGUGAUCAACAGUUCAUAGUUAGUCAGUAAUGACAAAGACAACAUCUCACACUUCAGCCUAAGAUUGACAAAUUGUAUGACCUGAUUUUUUAUGCUGUACAGAAACAGCAAGAUGAUUUUCACUACUUUUACAAAGUAUUAUACACACAAUUCAGGUGAUCAUGUACAGUAUUGUAUUCAGUUGAUAAUCCAUCCAGUACUAGAUAUGGUGUAGCCAUCAUUACAAAGGUAUUAUUGGUCUCGUGUCCUCCAGUACUAGACAUGGUGUAGCCAUCAUUACAAAUGUAUUAUUGGUCUCAAGUCCACUGUUCACAUUAUGAGACUAACAACCUGUAAAGCACAUCUAAAACAGGACAUAUCACCAACCAGAAUUACUGUUAUUAAAGGUAAUAAUCUUCAUAUAGGUUACCUUUUGUGUGUUAGGCCUUGUCCACUCACUCAAUGCCCCUUGUUUGAGCAGAACUGAGGACCAGAGUGCACAAGAUCAAGGUGUCUGCCUAGUAGUGACUGCUUGCCAUGUGUGCCUGUGUGGAUGGACAACCAACAUGCACAAUGUUGACUUUGUCUAGUAAACAGACAGAGUUCACCAAGCAUUGUUUUAGUGUUAGCAGGACCUUAGUGUGACAAUAUAGGCAUUUGUUGUUAAAAAUGUGUUCUACUUAGUGACUUCGCACAUUCCAGUGUCUCGCCAGUACCACCGUGGUACGGACUUGUUUUUUAAGCAUUUUUCUUAGUUUGCCAAUAGUUUUAUUAUUGUUACCAUUUCAAAAAUAUACUGACCAUAGAGCUGCCAAAUUAUUAUAUCACCACUGAAAGUUUCAAUAAUAACUUGCUUCACA